AUGAAGCCAUCCUUCACCUCGGAAUUGACGUCGUUUCUGGACUUUGGUUAUCCUGAUGGGCUUUGCGGGUCAUGGCAUAACGAGUACAUUCAGAUUCACGAUCAAAUCAGGGCAGCGAACAGAAACGCAGCAAGCAGGGCCGACAGCAGCGUGAAUGCGGGCAGCAGCAACGCAUCGUCGUCUCCGCCUCUUCGGUUCAUCACCUACGAAUGGUUCGACAACUGCGGAGGGCUAGGGGACUCCCUGCUGGGCCUCGCGUCCACGUUCGCCGUGGCGCUGAUCAUGCGGCGCGCGCUCAUCAUCCGCCAUCCGUGCAUCCCGUUCGCGUUCGAGCCCAACCUCGUGGACUGGACGCCGUCCGACGACGUGCCCAUGGAGCCCGCGCGCGAGAUCGCCAUGGACAGAGCCGUGGCGCGGGUGGCGGCGUGGGAGAAGCUGCAGGCGGCGGACGAGGUGCCGAUGAUGGACUUGCGCAACCUGUUCCUCUUCGACCUCGCCUUCUUCUUCCACCCCUUCCACGACGCCGUCAACAUGCGCCUCUCGUGGAACCGCGGCGAGCUCACGGAGCUGCUCACGGAGGAGCAAGGGCCGUGGGGCGAGUGGAUGCGCGCCACAGGGCUCCGCGUGCCCUACUCCGUGGGUUGCAUCCUGCGCUUGCUGCUCAAGCCCAAGCCUGAAGUAACGGAGCUUCUUGCCUCGCUGUGGGGCCAGACGCAUGCACCCUACACCGUCAGCAUUGGGGUCCACGUCAGGAUUCAAGAUGAAACAGCAUGGCAAGGUGAGAGGAAGCUUAGGCCCAAGGAGUACAAUUCCACGGAGCUUCAGGAGCUUCUGGAAAAGGCAGCUCCAAUCAUAGGGUGUGCUCAGUCAGUGGAGGCAUGGUGGUUUCCACCACCGCUGAGGGUGCGGUGGGUGCUUAUCACAAACUCGGGGCAGCUCAAGGACACGCUCAAGCAGCAGCUGCCGGAUAAGGUGUUGUUCACGGGGUUUGUGCCACGGCACUCGGAGAAGCUGGGCGACAUCUUGCUGAGGGAGCGCGGGUUCAACCACUUUGCAGGCAACGCCUCCGAUGCCGUGCUGCUGCACGACUACGAGGAGGCAGCGCUGCGUGAGGCGACGGCGCACGGGGAGGAUGUGGCACAGGUGAACCACACACGCAUCCACGAGGCCGUGCUGGCCAACCUCACUGCUGCCGGCAAACUAACGGGCUCCGUGCACAGAGGGGAAGAAGGCGAUGGGGCUGAUGAGGCGGAGAGGAAGAGCGCGGCGGUGAUGGACUUCCGGGAGAUGGUGGCGGAGUGGCUGCUGCUCUCCACCUGCCACUCGUUCGUGCUGCCCGAGUCGGGCUUCUCCCGCUCUGCCGCCCUGUACUCGCUGCGCCCCAUGAGCAUCUUCUUCUACCAGCGCUGCGACCCCGAGGCCCCCGAGAAGCUCACCGACAUGGCCAGCACUUGGAGUCGAGUCUGA